AAGUAGGGUGGAAAUUUUCUUGUCAUCCAUUAUCCUAUCAUCAUCAUAUCACACCCAAACACCAUACCAAGUCUUCAACCAAACAUGGAUGUGACUGGGGCCCAAAAAAGGUUCCCAUUGGUCGACUACUCCGCCAUGCACGGCGACGUUCUAGAGGCGGUCCUCUCACGCGCCGCCCUCGUCGACCUGGUCCCGGCGUCGCUCGUGUCGAGGUCGUGGAACCGCGCCGUGUCCUCCUCCCUCCGGUGGCGCAACACCCCCAAGCCGUGGUUGUUCGUCCACACGCAGAGCAUCAGGUCGCCGCACGUGACCUCCACGCGUGCGUACGACCAUCGUUCCCGCGUGUGGGUCCACGUGAGGAACGAAUCGUCCCGCCACGUGUCGGCGCCCCUACGAUCCUCCCACUCCAACCUCCUCUACACUUUGUCCCCUUCGAUGCUCUCGUUCUCCUUUGACGCGCUGAACGUGGAGUGGCACCACGUCGGCGCGCCGAAGGUCUGGCGGACCGACCCGAUCGUCGCUCGGGUCGGCCGUUCGAUCAUCAUUGCCGGAGGGACGUGCGAUUUCGAGGACGACCCCCUGGCGGUGGAGAUGUAUGACGUGGAGGAUGCCACGUGGAGGACGUGCGAGUCAAUGCCAGCAAUUCUUAAGGACUCGUCGACCUCCACGUGGCUCUCGAUAGCCGCGACAACCGAUAAGCUGGUCGUGACCGAAAAGCUUACCGGGUCAACUUACUGCUUUGACCCAGAGAUGAAGAGUUGGUCCGGGCCCUACGCUUUGCGCCCGGACCAACGAAUGUCCCUCUCGAUCAUCGGAUUCUCAGACACCCGAUUAGUUCUUCUCGGAGUGAUCGGGGACGUCGGGAACGUCAGCGGGAUAAAAGUAUGGGAAGUCGACACCGACAGCUUCGAGUGCGCGGAGAUCGGGGAGAUGCCGGCGGGAUUGGUGGGGAAGUUGAAGAGCGAGACCUUCGGGAUGUCUUCCGUUAACCUCUGCAUGGCCGGAGGUUUCGGGCACAUCUAUAAUUCAUCGGAGGCGGAGGAGGUGGUGGUGUUUGAGGUAAGAGGCGGUGGGCGGUGUGAGUGGUGGAGCUUCAAGAAUACGGCGGCCGGAGAGGGAACCGGCAGAAUGGAAAGAGUGGUGUUUACGUCGUCGGAAGUUGGAGUCGGCGACUUACUGCGAGCGGUGCAAUCCAAGAAAGGGACUUUUAAUGUUACCACUUAACACACUAUUAAAAAACUUCGAGAAAAAAAAGAUGUUUAAUUAGCAUUUUUUUUAAGAUGAAAAAUAUUGUGAGUUGUAAUUUUUUUUCUGUCAAAAAAAGUCUGGGCACAUACAUUUAAUUGGGCUUGUUAUAAUUAUUGUUAGUGAAAAAACACCAAAAAAAUAUAAUGUCGCUUUCUUGUUCAUGGACAAUUAAUGGGCUUGUUUGUU